GUAUGAAUUUAAGAAUUUAUACUUUGUCAAUUAAAAUACAACUCUUGACGUAACUGAAUUUUAUUUAAUGCAAUGGGCUGGUCUGACUGCUGGGUUUGCUUUCCUUUCAUUUUCCUCCAUUGAUGUCCUUUCUUCCUAAAUUUUUUUUUACAUAAAAAAUAAUUAAAUUAAAAUAAAAUAAAGAUACCCAAAUUAUGAAACUUUCCAAGUACAAAACUCCCAAUAUUUCCUAUUAACCCUUGUUGUUCUGUUCUUUACCCUUACUCCAACACAAAACCCUGAUUCUUCUCUACUUUUUCUCUUCCUCCAAUAUCUCUGUUUUUAAUCAAAAAAACCCAGAAAAAUCAGACAAAACCCAGAAAAAUCAAACAAAAACCCACAAAAUUAAACAAAACCCAUUGAAAUUCAUAGUAUAAUAUUUUGUGGGUUUUGAUUAAAAAUGAGAAACAUAGCAACAUGUUACAGUGAACAUGCUGUAAGAGUUUCAGAUUCAUAUUGUUCAGGACCAUUAAACAAGUCUUAUAUCUCUCCAAAAUCAACACCUUGUAUACAAAAUGUUGUCAGUUGUACAUACAAAACCCAAAUUUCUAACCAAAAAAACCUCUUCAUCACAAUUACAUGGUGUAACAAGUUAAUCUGCCAAGGUUUUUUCAUCAAAAUCAGUGAAAAGAAUCUAAGGCAAAAUCAUUACCAACAUGGUUUUCAUCAAUUACCCAAAAUAAAGGGUACUAAAUUAUUACAAGAUUUUCGUGAUCAGAAAUCAAACAGUAUUACAGUUCAUUGGGAUCUUUCAUCAGCAAGUUUCGAGGCCGGGCCAGUGCCAAUAAAAGGGUUCUACAUCAUCAUCUUGGUGGAUUCAAAACUGACACUAAUGUUAGGAGACAUGGAAGAUGAUCCUGUAGUGCAGAAUUUUGUCAUUGGAUCAUCAAUAGUUCCGAAACUCGCAUUGAUCACUCAAUGCGAGCAUUUUAGUAAUGUGCAGUGGAAUAACCAAGUGAUUACUAAGGCGAAAUUCAACAACUGUGAGAUAGAGCAUGAGAUAAUGAUCAAGUGUUGCCCUGAAGACGACGGGCCGAGAAGCCCGGUGUUAUCUGUUUAUAUUGAUAAGAAGAGGGUAGUUAAGAUAAAGAGAUUGCAAUGGAACUUUAGAGGAAAUCAGGUGAUAUUUGUGGAUGGGUUGUUGGUAGAUGUAAUGUGGGAUGUUUAUGGAUGGUACUUUGAUCAAACAGUUGGUAGUUUUAAUGAUAAUAAUAAGAGUGGAAGUGGUGUUUUUAUGUUUAGGAUAAGAAGUGGUUUAGAUAGUAGGCUUUGGUUGGAAGAAGAAGAGAACAAAUUGGGUGAUAAACCUCAAUUUUCUUUGUUGAUUUCUGCAUCUAAUAACAAUAACCAUGGUUGAUCCUAUGUUUGUUUUUUGUGUUUUUUUUUGGAGGGGUUAAUUAGUUUUCUUAUGUAUAGUCUUUUACCAAAAAUACAAUGGAAUUAAGUAUAAACAAGAUUCUAUGAAUUGUACAGAAACUUUGCUCCUUUCAAGGAAGAUUUUGAGGGGACGUUGAAUUAUGAUA